AGAGAUUAAAGAAAUUGAUGAAACUCUUUAAUUUCUCAGGAUUAAACGAAGAAGAGAAAAAUAGUCUUUUGGCACCCAUAAGUAAAUUUUCACAUCGCUUUUAUGUUGAGGGAGAUGUUCUAGAAGCCACUGACCUAGUUACCCACAGUAUCCAAACGACGGAUGACACUCCAAUUUUUCAAAAACAAUACAGACCGGCUGAAACAUUAAAUAAUGAAAUUAAUAUACAAACAAAAGAAUUAAAGAAAAAUGAAUGCAUUGAAGAUUCUGACUCACCGUAUAAUUCACCUGUCUGGAUUGUUCCGAAAAAACCAGGUCCCGACGGAAAAAAGAGAUGGCGAAUGGUAAUUGACUUUCGCCGUCUCAAUGACAUAACUGUAAAAGAUUCCUAUCCUUUACCUCACAUUACAUCAAUCCUUGACCAACUAGGAGGGGCACAAUAUUUUUCCACACUUGAUCUUGCAAUGGGAUUUCAUCAAAUAAAAAUGCAUCCAGAUUCUAAAGCGAAGACGGCUUUUUCUACCCCUUUUGGACAUUUUCAUUUCAAUAGAAUGCCCUUUGGGUUAAAGAACGCCCCUUCCACCUUUCAGAGACUCGUUGACAGGGCACUGACAGGGCUACAGAACAUCGAACUCUUUGUCUACAUGGAUGACAUUGUCAUCUAUGCCAAAACUCUUCAAGAACACACUCGUAAAUUUACAAAUCUCCUCGAGAAACUUGACAAGGCUAAGCUCACCUUACAACCUGAAAAAUGUUUAUUUUUACGAAAGGAGGUUACUUACCUUGGUCAUGUUAUUACCCAAGAUGGUGUUAAACCAGACCCUAAAAAGGUUGAAGCUGUUAAAAAAUUUCCUCGUCCUAAAACUCAAAGAAAUAUUAAGCAAUUUCUGGGACUUGCUGGAUAUUAUCGAAAAUUCAUAAAGGAUUUUUCGACCAUUGCUAAACCUUUAUCUUAUCUUCUCAAAAAAGAUGUAAAGUUCAGGUGGACUGAAGCACAGGAUGAAGCUUUUAAUAAAUUGAAAAAUACUCUUUGCACUCAACCUCUGCUGCAGUACCCUGAUUUUACAAAAGAUUUCAUAGUGACAACUGAUGCUUCUCAUUAUGGAAUUGGCGGAGUACUUAGUCAAAAUUUCGAUGGAAAAAUCCUUCCUGUAGCGUAUACCUCGAGAACACUCAUUGAUGCUGAAAUAAAUUAUUCAACAAUAGAAAAGGAACUUUUAGGAAUUCUCUUUUCUGUUGAAUCUUUUCGACCUUAUCUUUUCGGGAGAAGAUUCAAACUCCAAACUGAUCACAAACCUCUAAUAUGGUUGCACAACAUGAAAAACCCAAAUUCAAGGUUACUCCGAUGGCGACAUCGUUUGAGUGAAUACGAUCACGGAAUAGAGUACAUUAAAGGUACUAAAAAUACUGGUGCUGAUGCGUUGUCGCGGAAUCCCUGUGACAUGAGUGACGAAAUUCUGCAAGGUAUCACUAAUGACAUAACCUUAAAUGACGAUGUUGAUCCACUAGAAAUUGAUCCUAAUCCUCAGAACAAGGUGAAUUGUACACCUGUUCAUCCUCAAAAUUCCUUGGACGAAUAUGAAAGUGAUGACCGAAUAGAGGCAGUUUUUCUGAACAUUCACUGGGAUGGCGGUGAUAACGAAUCACAAAUAAUUCGUGAAACCAUUUCUGACGAGAAUUUCCAGACCACAAGCAUGGAGGUUAUCGAGGAUAACCUAAUUAACAUAAACAAGUUAAUUACUUACGAUGAGAAUGAUGAUCUGCGAGAUCGUAAGGUGGACUGCAGCCACGAAAUUGAUAUAGAACCGAUUGGUUCAUGCGCAAAUUUCAACCAUGCUGGAUUUGAGCAAGAGGCGAAAAAUCCGUGUAGUGGUGAAAUUCUCUAUAAAAUCAAUAAAAAUUGCGAUAAAAUUUUUAACAUUUCUGAUGAAGAAAAUAGUGAUCUUGAAUUUGGAAAUAAUUUCAAAGCAAAACGGACAGAAAAUCUUCAAUAUGUCUUAAACGUUAAAAAUAAACAAAAUUCAUUUCAAAUUACAAAAAAUAAAGUAAAUCGCGACAGAACAAAAAUUUGCAAUACAAUUGACACAAAUAACACUUCACAAGACGACAGUCACCCUAACCAAAACUUUUCUUGCAUAAAAAAUUCUAAAGAUUAUUUGUUUAUGAGAGAAGACAAUUUAGCAAUUUUUAUACCUGCCGACAGAAAAUUCACUACCGAAACAAACAAACAAGUACUCACUGAAAAUAGAAUGAAAAUUGACGACUUACUUAACGAAGACAAUGAAAAUAUUGAAGUUGGCAAUGUUAUAGUGUUUAAAUAUGAAGAUCAUUGCGUUUUCAAUAUGAUAAUUAAACCAACUUUUGACUCUAAACCAACUUAUAUUGACGUAAUUUCCACCUUAAAUGCUUUGAAGGUUGCUAUGGAUCAGUUGGAUAUUGAUUCUGUCAAUGUAUCCCGAGUUGGAAACGGUCUAAAUCAAUUGUCAUGGCCGAGUAUUGAAUCUGAAAUAAAAAAGAUAUUUGGUCAGGAUAAUUAUAGUAUCACAAUUUGCUAUGGUGAAGUUGAAAUACCGAAUGAAAGCGAUAUUUCGGAAAUAAUACGCGAAAAUCAUUCAUCAACUUCAGGCGGCCAUAAAGGUGCUACCAAAACCCUCGAACGAAUUAGAGAAAAUUUCUAUUGGCCAAAUAUGCGUGAAUCCAUUAGAAUUUUCGUAAAAAAUUGCGAAACAUGUAAAUUAAAUAAAUUCGUUAGAGUAAAAACGCGUCAACCGAUGUCGAUUACCGAUACCCCAACAGAAGCUUUCGAAAAAAUUGAAAUGGACAUAGUUGGUCCAUUACCUGAAACAGAAAAUGGUAACAAAUUUAUCUUAACAAUUCAAGAUAAUUUGACAAAAUAUUCUGUCGCGACGCCCUUGCGCAGAAUUGAUUCUGUUUCCGUUGCUAACGCCUUCGCAGAAAAAUUUAUUUCACAGUUUGGUUGUCCUCAAAUUGUACACACGGAUCAGGGCCGUGAUUUUACGAGCAAGUUGAUGGAAAAUUUCUGCAAAAUUUUCAAAAUUAAACAACUUCGCUCAACUGCAUUCCACCCACAAUCACUGGGCUCUCUAGAAAGGAGUCAUCAUGUUUUAAUUCAAUAUUUAAAAAACUUCUGUAAUAAAAACAAUUGGGAUAAAUGGUUACCUUAUGCCAUGUUUUCCUACAAUACUUCAAAACAUGAAGGAACAGGUUUCGCUCCACACCAAUUAAUCUUCGGUAAAAAUGCAAGAGUUCCUUCACAAUUUGCCAAAAGAAAUUUGUCAUUAACAUACGACUUGUUUUUGAAAACUCUAUCGGAAAAAAUUGUUGAAACCCAGUCUACUGCUAGGGAAAAACUUCAUGCCGCAAAAGAAAAAUCUAAACACUACUAUGAUCUGAAACUUAAUUCACAAAAUUAUGAAGUUAAUGAUUCCGUUUAUUUACAAAGAAACAACAAAACUUCGAAAUUAGACACAGAUUAUGCUGGUCCCUAUAAAAUAAUAAAAGUUUUAGAGGAUAACAAUGUUGAAAUUCAAAUUUCACAAAACAAAACAAAAGUUGUUCAUACUAACCUUCUUCGACCACAAGUUUUGAAAAUUUUCUAA